AAUGACGGAGACCUCACCACGACGCAAUGGGAACCUCUCUUCUUUGCUCCCACGAUUGUCUUCAAGGCGAUGACGCAAUGCCCUUCUAUUCAUCUUCCAUUAGAUCACAAAGAAACCCUAACCCUAGCCCCAAUCCUUCUCACGCUCGCCGGCGGAAGGUCUACGAUGGAGAUCACUCCGGCAUGGUGGUGAAGGGCCUCGGCGGGAACCUCGUCAUGGGCCAAGUCAAGAUCCUCAAGAGAGGCGAGAAGUUAAGUCCCGGCGUGAACCUCACCCUAUGUAACCCUAACCUCCUCCUCUCGAUCCAUUACGAGAGCCUCCGCAUCGCGCUAUGGUUUGACCACCGUGCCAUCUCCUCCGCACUCAUCGAGCCCUUGUCGUUCUCCACCGGACCUGAGAUUGACACCACGCUCAGAAAGAUUGGUCAGUCUAAUUUGAAGAGUACCUUGCAUACAAGAGAAAGCUGA